GCCCGCCCCGUGCCUCCUCCCCAGGCCUGCUCCCGCGUCACUGGAAUUUCCUGUCUUUGUCGUCCGCCUGCCCCGGCCAGAAAGUGGCCUGGCCGGGCAGAGCUUGGCUCGUGGGGUGCUUCAGGGCCUUUGUCCAGCAGGUGCGACCAGACGCGCCCGGGAGACCGGAAAUCGCUGGCGCGUGGAAGAUGGUGGACGUGGAGGAGAGCUUCAACCUCAAGGCCGUCCUGGUCAGCUUCAAGCAGUGUCUCAACGAGAAGGACGAGGUGCUGCUGGACCCCUACCUGGCGGGCUGGAAGGGGCUGGUCAGGUUCCUCCACAGCCUGGGCGCCGUCUUCUCCUUCGUGGCCAAGGACGCGGCCGCCAAGCUGCAGACCAUGGAGCGCCUGCGGAGCGGCCCGCAGGGGGCGCACUACGCCAGCCUGCAGUCCAUGGUGGCCUUCGAGCUGGGCGGCGGGCAGGUGGACCUGGCGCGGCGCUCCCGCCACCCCGACUCCGGCUGCCGCACGGUGCUGCGCCUGCACCGCGCCCUGCGCUGGCUGCAGCUCUUCCUGGAGGGCCUGUCUGCCGGGCCUGAGGACGCCAGCGCCGCCGCGCUCUGUGCCGACGCCUACGGCGCCUCGCUGGCCGCCCACCACCCCUGGAUCGUGCGCCAGGCCGUGGCCGUGGCCACCUACACGCUGCCCUCGCGCAAGGCCUUCCUGGAGGCCAUGAACGUGGGGCCGCCCGAGCAGGCCCUGCAGGUGCUGGCCGAGGCCCUGCCCUUCAUCGAGCGCGUGUACAGCGUGUCCCAGAAGCUGUACGCCGACCACGCCCUGCUGGACCUGCCCUAGGCCGCCGCUCCCUCUGGCACUUGGCGCGGCGGCCAGCGCCUGCCCCCGACAGAAAAGCCACCGCCCAUGGCGCCCGCAGGCCGGACAGGCCGCCGCAGAGGAGGCCCCGCUGGGCCGGCACCUCACCCGCACCGCGGCCAGCGGGCAGACGCAGGGUCGGUGCUGGUGCCGGGCCAGGGCGGCCCCUGCCUGUCAGGUCUGCUGCUGGUGGGCUCUCCUGGCCCUGCUGCGGCCCGCGCCCUGCCCAGAUGCCCUCAGCGCCCGCCGGGCUCCUCUGCGCAGAGCACCUCGCCCCUCUCGCCCGAGCGUGGGCCCAGGAGUCCUGCCGCACGGGGGGCACCGGCGUCGGGGCCCGAGGGUCUGCAUGGCCUGGCCUGCGGCCCAGCGUCCUCCGCUGCUGGCUGGCGCCACCCUCCGUCGCCCCCAGCCGCCCUGUCCCCACGGAGCUGGGGCUGCCUGGCCUUGUUCUUGGGGCAAGGCCUGCCCACCUGGCCAGCUGAGGCGCGUGGGGGGCCCCUGGACGCUGUGACAGGCUGUGAUUUUGCAACAAAUAAACAGGCUUUCAGGUGGGCGCCACUGA